AUGUCUGCUGGAAAAUACUUUUUAGGGGCUGCUGCAAUUGUUGGUGGGGUUUACUACUACGACCAAAACGUUGAACGUAUCUUGCCUAGAAAGGAGCACGAACAAUUGGCUCAUCAAACAGCCAAUGCUGAUAAAAAAGCUUAUGAAUGGAACAACAAGUUGACCCAAAAGAUCGAGGACGGCAAAAAGGAGAUUGAGAAAAAGACCAAUUCAGUUACCUCCUCUGUAAAGGAGUCCGACACGUAUCAAAAGCUCCGUGAAAACAAGGAGGACUAUAGAAAGUCAGUCAAGGACGCUGCUACCCCAGAGGAUGAAAAAUCAGUAUUCAAGAGAGGUAUGCAAAAAUACAUUGAUUUUGUCAAUUGUCUUGGAACCAACACCGUCAAGACCGGUGAGACUCAAAUCUCGUCAGCGGGAGCUUUGCCCGAAGUGAAGGAAAAACCAAUUUUUGGCAAUUGGUUCGGCAAGAGCGAUGUUGAUGAAGCAAAGGACAAGGCUGAACACGAAAAGAAUAAGUUGUUCAAUUGGGGCUCAGAAAAGGCUAAUGAGGCUGAAAAAAAGAAAGAUGAGUGGAGUGCAUGGGGAUCUAAAAAGACUGACCAAGCUAAAGCCGAUGCUGAACACGAAAAGAACAAGUUAUUCAACUGGGGUUCUGAUAAAGCAGAUGACGCAAAAGCCGAGGCUGAAAGGAAGAAGAAUGAGUGGAGUUCAUGGGGAUCCAAGAAGGCCGACGAAGCCGAACAAAAGAAGGAUGAAUGGGUUUCUUGGGGAUCUAAAAAGGCUGAUCAAGCUAAAGCCGAUGCUGAACAUGAGAAGAACAAGUUAUUCAACUGGGGUUCUGAUAAAGUAGAUGACGCAAAAGCCGAGGCUGAAAGGAAGAAGAAUGAGUGGAGUUCAUGGGGAUCCAAGAAGGCCGACGAAGUCAAGGCCGAUGCAGAAAAGGAGAAAAACUCCUGGUUCAGUUGGGGCAACAAGAAAGCAGAUGAAGCCCAAGACAAGAAAGAUGAAUUGGUUUCAUGGGGCAGCAGCAAAGCUGACGAAGCUAAAGCCAAGGCCGAAAAGGAGAAAAACUCAUGGCUCAGUUGGGGAAACAAGAAAGCUGACGAGGCUCAAGAUAAAAAGGACGAUUUGGCAUCAUUGGCAAACAAGAAAUUGGAUGAAGCCACCAAGGAAUUCAACAAACAAUAUGACGCUUCAGUAAAUGAACUCAAUAAGCAAUAUGACAAUUUGGGUAAGGUAUUCAGCUCCACUAAAGAUCAAGCCAAUGAAUCAUUCAAAGUUCAAAGAGAAAAAGCGGUACAGCAAUACAAUGAAGCAUACAAGAAGUUUCAAGAAUUGAGCAACGACUUGGCUAAUGAUCCAGAAAAGAACAAGAAAUUGUCAAAAGCCGCCGAAGACUUUAACAAUUCAUUGGAACAUUUGAAAUCUUAUGGUGAUGACGUUUACCACGAUAUCAAGACAAAGUUGAGUGAGUUGUUCAAGUAG